CCAAUGCCGGCGGCGCCAUGAGCGUGGAAGACGAGGUGGUCGGGGACGAGGAGGACUCGGAGGAGCUCUUCUACGAGUCGCUCGACCGCAUCCUCUCCUCCUCGGCCUCCUCCACCUCCGCCUCCGACGACGACGCCCCGCGCCGCAGCAGCAGGCGCGCCGCCUACGAUGCCGCCGCGCUCCACCUCUGGACCUCGCAGCCCGCGCCCAUCCAGGAGCGCCGCCACCGCCUGCUCCACCUCAUGGGCCUCGCCGGGGACCCCGCCCUCGCGCGAUUCGACACGCCCCGAUCCGCCCACGAUUCCAGAUCGGACCCGCCCGCGAACCCUCCGCGAACCCUUUCGGACGCCGCCACGCCGGAGGAGGACCCGAGCUGCCUGAUCAGGAACCUGGACGACGGCACGCAGUUCGCGGUGCGGGAGGAGGCCGGCCUCCGCGAGGUCGGGACCGGGCGGCAGCUCACGGUGGAGGAGUUCGAGCUCUUCAUCGGCCGCUCCCCGCUCGUGCAGGAGCUCAUGCGCCGCCAAACCAUCACCAACUCCGCCCCCAACUCCGCCCCCAACUCCAACUCCCAGAGCGGGGCCUCCACCCCGAUGGAGCGGUCCAGCUCCGGGUCCAGCAACGGCGGGGCGCGCUCCAGGCGCCGCGGCAGCGGCUGGCUCCGCACCAUCCGCUGCGUGGCCGCCUACGACGCGUCCUCGGACAAGGCCGGCCGCCGCUCCAGCUCCGCCACGGACGACAGCCAGGAGGGCGCCGCGCGCCACGGCCCGGACCGCGUCAAGGUGCGUCCCUACGGGAAGUCCGGCAAGGACUUCGGGGGCCUCUUCAUGAACCAGGAGAUUCACGGCCACAGAGGCUCCGUCUGGACCAUCAAGUUCAGCCCCGAUGGCCGCUACCUUGCGACUGCUGGGGAGGACUGCGUCAUCCAUGUCUGGGAGGUGCUGCAGUCCGGGAGGAUGAGGGAGAUCGAAGAUAAUGGGGCCUGUAAUCCGCUUGCUACCAUGGCAUGCGAUGAUGAAGGAGAGGGCAGCCAUUCGGAGAAGAAGGCUCUGAACAAUGGGAGAUCAGCGAGCUCAGACCAGUUGAGGGUGCCAGCGCAUGUGUUUGCAUUGUCGGACAAGCCCGUGAUAACUUUUGCUGGGCAUUCGGAUGAUGUGCUUGAUCUCUGCUGGUCCAAAUCUCAGUACUUGCUUUCAUCAUCAAUGGAUAAAACUGUACGGCUGUGGCACAUGUCAAGCACUUAUUGUUUGAAAGCCUUCUCCCACAGUGACUAUGUGACUUGCAUCCAGUUCAACCCUGUUGACGAUAGAUACUUCAUUAGUGGUUCCCUAGAUGAAAAGGUUCGAAUCUGGAGUAUACCAAAACGUGAAAUUGUUGAUUGGGUUGAUCUACAUGAAAUGAUUACUGCUGCCUGCUAUACUCCCGAUGGACAGGGUGCACUCAUUGGCUCGCACAAGGGCAGUUGCCAUGUAUAUGACACGUCUGAUAAUAUGCUUCACUACAAGAAACAAAUUGAUCUGCAGCUGAAGAAAAAGAAAUCCAGCCAGAAGAAAAUCACAGGAUUCCAGUUUGUCCCAGGGAGUUCUUCAAAGGUCAUUAUCACAUCUGCAGAUUCACGGAUUCGAGUUGCUGAUGGCUUCGAACUACUUCACAAGUUUAAAGGGUUUCGGAACACCAGCAGCCAAAUCUCAGCUUGUUCAGCUGCAAACGGGAGGUACAUAAUUUCUGCAAGUGAGGAUUCAAAUGUAUAUAUCUGGAGAUACAGUGAUGAUUCCAAACCAAGCAGAAAGAAGAAUAUCAUAUCUGUCACAAAUACCCACGAGCGCUUCCACUGUGAGAGCGUGACAGUUGCUGUUGCUUGGCCUUGUACCAGCGCCAGAAUGACUUGGAGAGCCAACUCCUCGAAGCAAGAUGACCUGGACUGUGUGUCUAGCAAUGGCCAUAUACUUGAUUCUGGACCUGCUAAAGAGGAUGGUAUCUCUGCUGUUCAGCAGCAGAGUAACAACUCAAAUCACAAUGGUGACAGGGCAUAUGCGACUUGGCCCGAAGAGCUCAUGACAAAAACGAAACAGAGCCCCAAGUCUAAUACCAGCCUUCCGGAUGAGGUGGACCAAGCUCUGAGUGAGUCUGCCUGGGGCUUAGUGAUCGUGACAGCAGGCCGUGAUGGUCGAAUCAGAACAUUUCAAAACUUCGGUUUUCCAAGUAUAACAUCAAUCUGAGUACUCGUAUGACACCCAUUGCAUUGCAGGACCUUAGUUUUGUGUACAUAUAGGUGGAGAUAAUGGGUGAGUUGCACAGCAUCAAAGGAUUGAAUUUGGUUGCUCCUUGGUGCGCCUGCUUCACAGUUCGGAAUCUUCGACUAACAUAUUCUCAGGACUCAGCUACUUCGGUAUGACAUUCAUUUACUCUAAAUUGUACAUGAAAGUGAAGCCCUAGAGUGACGCCUGUCAGCUGGUUAGAGUGAGAUAUUUCUCCCUCACAUCCAGUAGCUUCGACCUUUGUAGCAUUUGUCUUUUGGCCUUUUCCGUUUUUCCUAUCAUUAUAUUAUAUAUUCUUGUAAGAAAAAUCUCAGUGCUACAGAAAAGAGAAAAUCAAAAGAGUAACAUACCUUCGUUAUGCUA